AUGCGUCAAUACUCGCGCGCCGCCGCGGCCACCGUUGCUCUGGCAGCAUCGGCCCGCGCUGCCAACUCAUCUUCCCUUGCGUCUCUCUGUACCGUCUCUCACGUCCAGUCGGCUCUCCCUGCCAAUGGCACUCUGCUCGGUAUUGAUCUAAUCCCUUCGUCCGUGACGGCUAAGACCACCACCGAACGCGGGAGCGAGACUGAGUACUGUGCUGUGUCCGUCUCUUACGUCCACACUGGUACCACCGACGAGAUCGUUCUGAACUACGGCUUCCCUAGCCCUGCCGACUUCAAGAACCGCUUCUAUGUGGCCGGUGGCUUCGGUUAUUCCCUGAGCACCUCCUCUACUGGUGGUCUCGAAUAUGGCGCCGUCGGAGGUGCCACCGAUGCCGGCUAUGGUGCUUUGAACGGCACUACGGUCGACGAGGUCAACCUCUCCGGCAACGGCACUAUCAACUGGGAUCCCAUCUUCAUGUUCGCCUACCAGGCCCUGGGAGAGAUGACCACUGUUGGAAAGCCUCUCACCCGCGCCUUCUAUGGCUUGGCCGAUGAUGCCAAGGUAUACACCUACUACGAGGGUUGCUCUGACGGUGGCCGUCAAGGUAUGAGCCAGAUCCAGCGCUACGGUGAUGAAUACGAUGGUGCCAUCAUUGGUGCGCCUGCGUUCCGUUACGGUCAACAGCAGGUCAACCACCUCUUUUCCAGUGUGGUCGAGCAGACCCUCGACUACUACCCUCCUACCUGCGAGUUGGAAAAAAUUGUUAACGCCACCAUCGCUGCCUGCGAUCCCCUCGAUGGACGCACCGACGGAGUCAUCUCUCGUACCGAUCUCUGCCAGCUCGACUUCAACCUGACUUCUAUUAUCGGCGAACCCUACCACUGUGCUGCUGAAGUCAGUACCUCUCUUGGUUUCAACUUCAACAAGCGCAAUGACGGCACCUCGACCUCCUACACCCCGGCCCAGAACGGAAAUGUUACCGCAGAAGGUGUUGCCGUGGCUCAGACUAUCUACGACGGUCUAUUCAACACUGCCGGUGAACGCGCCUACCUGUCCUACCGUAUCGGGUCCGAAUUUUCGGAUGGCGAGACCGCCUACGACAACAGCACCGGCACCUGGGGUGUGGAUAUCCCCUCUACUGGUGGUGAAUUUGUUACUCGUUUUGUUGAACUUGUUGAACUCAGCAACCUCGAGACCCUCAACAAUGUGACCUAUGAUACCCUUGUGGACUGGAUGAACACGGCCAUGGUCCGCUACAUGGACACUCUGCAAACAACCCUCCCUGACCUGACCACCUUCAAGUCUACCGGUGGUAAGGUCAUCCACUACCACGGCGAGAACGACCCCAGUGUGCCUACUGCUUCUUCUGUGCACUACUGGCAAUCUGUUAUGAGCAUCAUGUACCCCAACCUCGGAUCCUCUAAGGCCAUCGAGCAGAUGAAGGAAUGGUAUCAGCUGUACCUGGUCCCCGGUGCUGCUCACUGCGGUCGCAACACUCUCCAGCCCAACGGUCCUUUCCCUGAAGAUAACAUGGCCACCAUGAUCAAGUGGGUCGAGCAGGAUGUCCAGCCCACCGGUUUGAACGCUACCGUCGAUGCUGGCAAGUACGACGGCGAGGUUCAGUCCCUGUGCCAGUUCCCCAAGCGCCCUGUCUGGAAGAGCAACAAGUGGGAGUGUGAGUCCGAUGACGAGGGUGCUGACACUUUCUACUACACUUUCCCCGCCUUCAAGGUGCCCAUCUACUAA